AAUAAAAUGGAUUAGUUUGAAAGGUAGUCCUGGACUCUUUCUGACUUCAGCCACCCUAGAGCAACUUGGCUCUCCUCCUAUAAGGUCAUCAAUAAGUGUCCCAAAGAUGCUUUUUCCUGGAUUUAUGGGAACUGGAAUCCAAAACAUCCUGAGGCAGGACACUAUGCUGGGGAGAUCUCGGACCUAUGAAAACGAACGCUGGAUGCGUGUGAAGCUUCAUCAACAAACAGCAGAGGCCAUCUGAAUACCUUCUUGUGGUUUUUUUCCCAGUGAAGAAAACAAUCCAGAAUUAAAAGAAAUAUCCCCAUGUUCAGCAACCACUCAGAAUCCAGGCCCCCAAUUUUCCUCCUGACAGGUUUUCCUGGCCUAAAGAAACACCAUUUCUGGAUUUCCCUCCCCAUCUGCUCCAUGUACUUGGUGGCCCUCACAGGGAACUGCACCAUCCUCUUCGUCAUCAGGACAGAUCCAACUCUCCACUCCCCCAUGUACUAUUUCCUGUCCAUGCUAGCCCUCUCGGACCUGGGCUUGUCCUUCACCGCUUUGCCCACCAUGCUGAGUGUCCUGUGGUUCAACCACCAUCAGAUCCACUUUGAUGCCUGCUUGAUCCAGAUGUUCUUCAUCCACACUUUCUCCAUUCUUGAGUCAGGUAUUCUACUCUCUAUGGCCUUUGAUCACUUGGUGGCCAUCUGGAAUCCUCUGAGAUACGUAAGAGACAGUCAUCAAGAUUGGGGUGGGAUAGUCCUCCAGUCCAGUUGCCUUGUCCUGCCAGGCCCCAUCCUUAUGAGUCUUCAGGAAUUUGGGAGGAUGAAUGUGCUUUCCUACUCUAUGUCUUUGCAUCCAGAUCUCCUGAAGUUGGUUCAUUCAGAUAGGAGGAACAGCAGCGUCUACGGCUUGAUCAUUAUGCUCUCCUCCACAGGGGUGGAUUCACUCCUGCUGGUCCUCUCCUACGCCUUGAUCCUCAGGACCAUCCUGGGAGUGGCCUCCAAGGAGGAACGCUCCCAGGCGCUCAGCACCUGCAUCUCCCACCUUUGUGCGGUCCUCAGCUUCUCCAUCCCCAUGCUUGGGCUCAGCAUGAUCCACCGAUUUGGGAGGCACGCGUCCCUCAUCGUUUACAUCGUCAUCGCCAAUGCUUUUUUGUUAGUGCCCCCCUUGAUGAACCCCAUUGUGCACAGUGUGAAGACCAAACAGAUCCUCAGGGGGAUCUUCAAGACGUUUCAGAAGGAGGGAGUACCAUGAGAACCUGGACUCAGUGGGACUCUAAGCCGCAAGCAUUGGGAUGUACGAUUUCACAUCCGCCGUGGACUUUCUCCGCCCAUGUCUGCCAUUCAGAGCAACGUUGCAAUUUCUGAAUUUGUUUAAGUGGUAUCGGCUGCAUCAGAAACUCCUUUGUUGUGUCAGAAAGAGAACAAUGUGCUUUCCUUUUGAAGAAGAGCGCUGAUCUG